UUACAACAAAGAAUUUGAUUGGUUGCUUAGAAACUUUACAAAAAGUUUCAUCCAAUAAGCAUCAAUGUAGCUAAAAAUUGUCGACUGCUUCAAUGAUUAUAAAUCUGUACAGAAGCUGAGCAUCUUUAUCAGAACAGCCUCUUCACUUACUGCUGUCUGCUCGCUGUUGGCCGAGUUGUUGUGUAUCAAAUCUAGACAAUUUCUCCUUGAUUUCGUGAAAAGUUAGAAAAACAGCAGCCAUGUCUGGACACGGAGGAGCCUACGACCCCUCAGACCCGGAUUUCCAGUAUCUGGCCGUCGACAGAAAAAAGAUGCUUCAGGAACAGAAUCAGCCUUUUGAUGGCAAAAAGAUGUGCUGGGUCCCUGAUGAGAAGGAGGGGUUUGUAGGUGCAGAAAUCCAGUCCUCAAAGGGAGAUGAGAUCACAGUCAAGACCAUUGAAAAGCAAGAGAACCGAACAGUGAAGAAGGAUGAUAUUCAACAAAUGAAUCCACCCAAGUUUGAGAAGAUUGAAGAUAUGGCCAACAUGACCUACCUGAACGAAGCCUCUGUUUUACAUAACUUAAGAUCUCGUUAUUACAAUGGGAUGAUCUACACUUACUCUGGACUGUUCUGUGUUGCCAUCAACCCCUACCGUCGUCUUCCAAUCUACACAGAGAGCAUUAUCGCCAAAUACAGGGGGAAAAGGAGGAUGGAAAUGCCCCCGCAUUUGUUCUCCAUCGCAGACAAUGCCUACCAAUUCAUGGUACAAGAUCGUGAAAAUCAAUCUAUGCUUAUCACAGGAGAAUCUGGAGCUGGUAAAACUGAAAAUACGAAAAAGGUCAUCCAGUACUUUGCCCAUGUUGCUGCAAGUUUACAAAAGAAGGAUGGCGGCGAGGAGAAGAAAGAUUCGAAGAAGCCAACUACGCUUGAGGACCAGAUUGUACAGGCUAAUCCUGUACUUGAGGCGUAUGGUAAUGCCAAAACCACUAGAAACAACAACUCCUCUCGAUUUGGAAAAUUUAUCCGAAUUCACUUCGGGCCUACUGGAAAAAUCGCUGGAGCAGAUAUUGAAACAUAUCUGCUUGAGAAAUCCCGUGUGACAUUCCAACAACCAGCUGAGAGAGAUUACCAUAUCUUCUACCAGCUGUUGUCUGGGGGACUGAAGGACGUCAAAGAGAGAUUGUUGUGCGACUCUGACCCUGCCCUCUACUCCUUUAUCAACCAAGGAGCCCUCACCGUCGAUGGAAUUGACGACAUUGAAGAAAUGCGAAUAACUGAUGAAGCUUUUGAUAUUCUUGGAUUUACGUAUGAAGAAAAGAACAGUAUGUAUAAAUGUACAGGUGCUAUCCUCCACAUGGGAGAGAUGAAAUUCAAACAGAGACCUCGUGAGGAGCAGGCUGAAGCAGAUGGUACUGCCGAGGCUGAAAAGGUUGCUUUUCUGCUGGGUGUCAAUGCUGGAGAUUUGCUGAAAGCUCUCCUGAAACCCAAGAUUAAGGUCGGAACCGAAAUCGUCACACAGGGUAGAAACAAAGAUCAGGUGAUCUACUCUGUUGGCGCUCUGGCCAAAUCUCUUUACGACCGUAUGUUCAAGUGGCUUGUCUCACGUGUCAACAAGACCCUCGAUACCAAAGCCAAAAGAAACUACUAUAUCGGUGUCUUGGAUAUUGCUGGUUUCGAAAUCUUCGACUUUAACAGUUUUGAACAACUGUGUAUCAACUACACAAAUGAAAGGCUUCAACAAUUCUUUAACCAUCACAUGUUCAUUCUGGAACAAGAGGAAUACAAGAAAGAGGGAAUUCAAUGGGAAUUUAUCGACUUUGGAAUGGAUCUACAAGCCUGUAUUGAUCUUAUUGAAAAGCCUAUGGGCAUUUUGUCCAUUCUGGAGGAAGAGUGUAUGUUCCCAAAAGCAAACGACAACACCUUCAAGGAGAAGCUGUACGCAAACCACAUGGGCAAGUCUCCCAACUUCGGAAAACCUGGAAAAUCUGCAAAACCUGGUCUUCCUGCUCCUCACUUCGAACUUCAUCACUACGCUGGAAGUGUACCAUACAACAUUACUGGUUGGCUAGAAAAGAACAAAGAUCCAAUCAACGAGACUGUGGUAGAGCUGCUCAGUCACUCUAAGGAACAUCUGGUGCAGACCCUCUUUGCUGCUCCUUCUGAUCCAGCUGAAUCUGGAGGAACCAAGAAAAAGAAGAAGUCCGCUUCCUUCCAGACUAUUUCCGCUCUCCACAGGGAAUCUCUGAACAAACUGAUGAAGAAUCUGUACAGCACACAUCCUCACUUUGUCCGCUGUAUCAUUCCCAACGAAUUCAAACAACCAGGUGUCAUUGAUGCUGGAUUGGUUCUCAACCAACUGCAAUGUAAUGGUGUGCUUGAAGGCAUCCGUAUUUGCAGAAAGGGAUUUCCUAGCAGAGUUAUCUACUCUGAGUUUAAACAGAGAUAUUCCAUCCUGGCCCCGAAUGCUAUCCCACAAGGAUUUGCUGAUGGUAAGGUCGUAACUGAAAAGAUUUUGCUAGCUCUCCAACUGGACCCUGCAGAGUACAGACUGGGUAACACCAAGGUCUUCUUCAAGGCUGGUGUGCUUGGUAUGUUGGAAGAAAUGAGAGACGAACGUCUUGGAAAAAUCAUUUCCAUGUUCCAAGCUCAUAUCCGUGGAUACCUUGUUCGCAAACAAUACAAGAAGCUCCAGGAUCAGAGAGUUGGACUUUCCAUCAUUCAGAGGAAUAUCAGAAAGUGGUUGAUGCUCCGCAACUGGCAAUGGUGGAGACUGUAUUGCAAAGUCAAGCCGUUGUUGAACAUUGCUCGGGCUGAAGAGGAAAUGAAGAAAAAACUGGAGGAAAUGGAAAAAAUGAAGGAAGAACUCGAAAAGGUCAACCGUAUCAAGAAAGAGUUGGAGGAACAAAAUGUUACUCUUCUGGAACAGAAAAAUGACAUUUAUCUUCAGCUCCAAACUGAACAAGACAGUUUAGUAGAUGCUGAGGAUAGAAUUGAGAAACUUGUGAACCAGAAAGGUGAUCUUGAAAGUCAACUGAAAGAGAUGGAAGAAAGACUCCUGGAUGAAGAAGAUGCUGCAGCAGAAUUGGAAAAUUUGAAAAGGAAAAUGGAGUCAGAGAAUGACGAAUUGAAGAAGGACAUUGAGGAUUUGGAAAACUCUUUAGCUAAAGCUGAACAAGAAAAGGCAACAAGAGACAACCAGAUCAAGACUCUGCAGGAUGAGAUGGCAGCACAAGACGACCUCAUCGCUCGCCUUAACAGAGAAAAGAAGAGCAUGGAUGAGGGCACCAAACAACUCAGUGAGAAACUCCAAGCUGAGGAGGACAAAGUCAACCACCUAAACAAACUUAAACAGAAACUGGAAUCAACUCUUGAUGAGCUGGAGGAUAAUCUUGAGAGGGAGAAGAAGGUCAGGAACGACGUUGAGAAAGCUAAGAGAAAACUUGAGCAAGAUCUGAAAUCUACCCAAGGUGCUGUUGAGGAUCUCGAACGCAUCAAACGCGAAUUGGAAGAGGCCAACAGAAAGAAGGAUGCUGAAGUUGCUAACCUUAAUGCUCGCCUUGAAGAUGAAUCAGGACUUGUUGCAUCUCUGCAAAGAAAAAUCAAGGAGCUGCAGGCUAGAAUUGAAGAACUGGAAGAAGAACUUGAAGCGGAACGAGCUGCUAGAGCUAAGGUUGAUAAACAAAGAGCUGAACUUGCCAGAGAACUGGAAGAUCUUAGCGAACGUUUGGACGAGGCUGGUGGUGCCACCUCCGCACAGAUUGAGUUGAACAAAAAGAGAGAACAGGAACUGUUGAAGCUUCGUCGUGACUUGGAAGAACAGACCCUUCAACAUGAAGCACAGGUGUCCAGUCUCCGCAAGAAGCAAACCGAUACCGCUAAUGAAAUGGCUGACCAAAUUGACCAACUCCAGAAAGCGAAGUCAAGAUACGAAAAGGAGAAAAAGGAUCUCCAUAGAGAAUGUGAAGAUCUGCAAGCACAGUUACAACACGUAACAAAACAAAAGGGAUCUGUCGAUAAAGUUACUAAACAACUUGAAAGCCAACUCGCUGAGGCCAACGCAAAGAUCGAGGAAGCCAACAGACAGAUUCAGGAUCUCGGCAACCAAAAAUCUAGGUUGGGCCAGGAGUCUUCAGACGUCCACGCUCAGCUUGAAGAUGCUGAACACCGUAUUGGUACUCUCACUAAAGAAAAAGCAGCCCUGGCAAGCCAGUUGGAGGAAGUCAGGCGUUCUCUGGAAGAAGAAACUAGAGCUAGACAGAAAUUGCAGAGCGACCUCAGAAAUCUAAAUGCAGACAUUGAUACUCUUCGUGAACAGCUUGAAGAGGAGCAAGAAUCUAAGGCUGAUAUUCAGCGCCAAUUGUCCAAAGCCAACAGCGAGGUGCAGCAGUGGAGAGCAAAGUUCGAAGGAGAGGGAACAGCUCGUGCUGAAGAACUUGAGGAGGCAAAGAGAAAGCUCAUGGCCAAACUUCAAGAAGCCGAACAAAAUGCAGAGGCAGCUAACGCUAAAGUCAGUGCACUGGAGAAGGCCAAAGCAAGACUUCAGGGUGAGAUGGAAGAUUUGAUGAUUGACGUUGAAAGAGCCAACGCCAAUGCCAACGCCCUAGAAAAGAAGCAACGCGCUUUCGACAAGACUAUCCAGGAAUGGCAGCAGAAGGUGAAUGAUCUCCAGAUGGAACUGGAAAAUGCCCAGAAGGAGGCCCGUGGAUACUCUGCUGAACUGUUCCGUGUCAAGGCUCAGUAUGAAGAAAGCCAGGACUCCAUUGAACAGUUGAGAAGAGAAAACAAGAACCUUGCUGAUGAGAUCCAUGAACUGACAGAUCAACUCUCUGAGGGAGGCAGAAGCGUCCAUGAAGUUGAAAAGGCUAAGCGCCGUCUUGAAAUGGAAAAGGAAGAACUUCAGGCCGCCUUGGAAGAAGCAGAGGCUGCACUUGAACAAGAGGAGGCUAAAGUCAUGAGGUCUCAACUUGAGAUUUCCACCGUCCGUGCUGAAAUUGACCGUAGGCUUCAAGAAAAGGAAGAAGAAUUCGAAAAUACACGUCGCAACCACCAGCGUGCCAUGGACUCCAUGCAGGCAAGUCUUGAAGCUGAGGCCAAGGGCAAAGCUGAGAACAUGAGAAUCAAGAAGAAAUUGGAACAGGACAUCAAUGAACUUGAAAUUGCUCUGGAUGCUGCUAACAGGGGCAAAGCCGACUUGGAGAAGAACAUUAAGAAAUACCAACAACAAAUCAAGGAAAUGCAGACUCAACUUGAGGAGGAACAACGCCAGAGAGAGGAGGCCCGUGAAUCCUACAACAUGGCUGAGCGUCGCUGCCUUAUGCUUCAAGGAGAGGUUGAGGAACUGAGAACAGCUCUCGAACAAGCCGAGAGAGCUAGAAAGGCAGCUGAAAACGAGCUCUCGGAGGCCAACGAGCGUGUGAAUGAGCUCUCCGCCCAAGUUUCCUCUUUCCAGGGACAGAAGAGGAAGCUUGAAAGCGAUAUCCAAGCUAUGCAGACCGAUCUUGAUGAAAUGAACAAUGAAGUUAAAGCUGCCGAUGAGCGAGCAAAGAAAGCAGUGGCUGAUGCUGCUCGUCUCACUGAUGAACUUCGUGCUGAACAAGAGCACAGCCAACAGAUCGAGAAAUUCCGCAAGGGAUUGGAAGGCCAAAUUAAAGAACUUCAGGUCAGGCUUGAGGAAGCUGAGGCUCAAGCACUGAAGGGAGGAAAGAAGAUGAUUGCUAAACUUGAACAGAGAGUAAGAGAACUUGAAGGAGAGCUUGACAGUGAACAACGCAGACAUGCCGAAACACAGAAGAACAUGCGCAAGGCUGAUCGUCGUAUGAAGGAACUUGCCUUCCAAGCUGAUGAAGACCGUAAGAACCAGGAAAGACUUCAGGAACUCAUUGACAAACUGCAGAACAAGAUCAAAACAUACAAAAGACAAGUCGAGGAAGCUGAAGAAAUUGCUGCUAUCAAUCUUGCCAAAUACCGUAAAGUUCAGCAUGAAUUGGAGGACGCCGAGGAGAGAGCCGACACAGCUGAGGGUUCUCUGACCAAACUCCGCGCUAAGAACAGGAGCUCUGUUUCUGUAACACGCACCUCUGCCACCUCGUCUUCACUGACCCCAGUCGGCAGAGGGGGUAGUGUUGCCAGGACCGAUAGGGGAUCUGUUGCCCCUAAAUAAAUGAUCGGUUCUUUUGUAAGGGGCCAAGUUCGAACCCAAAUCUUCUGUCACCACGUGUGCGCGCAUCUUCUUCUUAUCGCUCUGUCACACCCUCUUUUGAUAUUAAUGACAGCUAUUAAAUGAAUGUGCCGGAAUUGUGCAAUAAUCUGUAGCUUUAGCAAUUGAUUGCGCCUCCAUCUUAAAAAAUUAACAUUUUUACGUUUAUCAUUGGGAAGAAUGGACAAUAAAGUAAUUAUAUAGUUCUUAGGAUGGAACUUCUGUGAACGUGCAAUUUGUUUAUUUAUAUACAUUGUUCAUUUUGUCUUAAAGUCUUAUUUAUUUAACCUCGAGUACAGCGUCUAUCAUUUUAAUCUAGGUUUGAGUGUACUCGAUAUAAUAGCACAAUGAAACACCGAACUAUAUUUUUUUGGUUUCUGUUGUGUUUUGUGACAUAGACAUUAAAGCUAUUGUAUUUAU